UUCAUUUCCCAAUUCCCAUCAAAUAAACAAAACAAUGUUGAUGAAUGAUUGAAUUUUUUAUUUGCAAAAUUUUCAACAAAACUAAACUCAUGGAACGUCCAUAAUUAAAAAAGCCCCAUAACAUUUUCAGAUACUUUGAGAAUGUCUUGUGAGAUUCGUCUAAUAGCAACUAUACAAAAUAUUCCAGCCAUUCGAAGAUGUUUAUUUCCCACUGAUGACUAUCGAGGAACAGAAUUUUGGCUGCAAAACUGUAAAAUAUCAGCUUCACCUACUGGAGAUCUCAUAGCCCUAGCCAACGAACGUAGAUUAGUGAUUUUAAAUUCGAAAUGGGACACUUCGUCAUCACUAAGUCUUUUCCAGAUAAAUUUUUCUGCUUCAAUUCACGAAUAUGACAAAGUUAAAUCAAUUGUUUGUCUUCCUAUUGUGGGAGAAAGUCACAGUUCCCAUGUAGGACCCGAUUGGACCUGUAUUGUUAUUGGUUUUGAUUCAGGAUAUGUUCGAUUUUACACUGACAGAUGUGAUUUGCUUAUGGAAGAGCAAUUUCACAAUGAAAACAUAACAAAUAUUAAAUGUCAAAGCCAGCACAGCCCUCGACCAGACAUAUCUCCUGAAUUACAUCCAGAAGAAUUAUAUAUUCAAUAUCAGAGCAACAUUUGUGUCGUUGAUGGACAACAAUUGUUUGAAAAUUUAAGAAAUUGUAGAAGCCAAUUGGCAAGAGUUCAAGCCAAAGGAAACAUCACAGAUUUUAAACCUAUUCCCUUGAGCGUCAAGAAAUUGGGAUUUCAAGAUCAAGGUCUAAUUAAUGAUGUAGCAGUUGUAGGCCUUACAAUGUCUAACACAUUCGAUCAUUUGCUAGCUGCUUCAAUAUGUGGCGGAUUUGACACAAAAUAUAGAAACACAGCUCCUAAUAGUACUUUGGUUUUGGCUGCUGGAUCGAAACCAUUUUUAGGUUAUCAUUAUGCUCUGGAAGGGGUGAAUCAGCCUGUUUUGAGUGAUGUAGCCAAAGCAGUAGCUAGCAAAUUAAAGUCUGCUUUGCCGAGUUGGAUAACUGGUGCUAAACCUAGUGAUACAAAAGAAGUAACAAUAGCCAUGCAACCGGUGGAAGCAAUGGGACUUCGUUUUGGAUUAGCUGAUCUCAGAAGAACAGGAAAUGAUCUAGUGCUUUCUCCAAAUAGAAAUUUGGUCGCAGUUUGUGAUAGCUUAGGCAGAGUGCUGUUGGUUGAUUCUUUCAAAGGAGUCAUAACUAAGAUAUUUAAGGGUUAUAGGGAGGCACAGUGUGCAUUUUUACAGGUUCCGGAUGAAAGAAGAUCGAAACACCGAGUUGGCAACAAGGUAGCUUUGUUCCUAGUAAUCUACUCUCCUAAAAAAGGCACACUGGAAAUAUUCACCGUCCAGCAGGGCACAAAAAUCGCAACUUUCUCUGCUUCCAAACAAAGCAAACUACUUUAUAUCACUCACGGUUUAAUGGGUUUUACAACAACCUCAAAAUCGCGUUAUAUUUGCCAAUUUACUUGUUUGUUUUUGGACAAUGAUGGACAAAUAAGAGAGAUUAGCGUUCCAUUCCAUUUUGCUUUGGCUGAAAAGAAUAGUAUUAGAGCGAGAGACAUACAUUUGUAUAAAAAGCUGAAGCAAUUCAUCAAAAGUGGAUGUUUGAGUCAGGACGCGCUUGAAAAUGAAACAUACAAUAUUUGUACUGAGCUUCAAACAGUAGAGAUUAAAACUCAAACUUUAGAUAUGCUUCUUAACAGUAAAAAUAUAUCUCCUGAAAUUAUUCUGAUGUGUACUGAUUACUUUUGGAAUCAACUAAGAGAAAAUACGGAUAACGAAGUUAUACUGAACUGUAAAACCGUUUGUAGAAAUGUCAAAGCUUUAAUAGAACUCUAUUUAUUUGUAACUUUGAGUAGCAAUGUCGAUGAGGAUUUUAAAAAUGGGAAUGAUACAGAGAAUAAAGAUCAAAAUCACAAAACACUGAAUUUGGAAGUACGGGAUUUGGAAGGUUUGCAAAAACUCUUGGAUUUAGUUACCUCAAGUAAAGAUGUUGACUUGAAGGUUGUUCAUGUUAGAUUUUCAAAGGACAUAUUUACUGUUCACGAUUUUUUGGCUAGUUUUGAUUUAACCAAGGCAGGAGGUGUUUCUUUGAAGGACAAUCUUGAAGAGGAUCUAUUAUUUAAAACAUCAGAAGUUCUUUUUAAAAAGUACAUAUCAGGAGAAUGCAACAAUUUCGACGAUUUCUUCAAUGCCAUUUCCGGCAGUGGAAUUCCAAUCAGUUCCUUGUUCGACCUGCUGAUUAAAUAUUGGGUCAACAGAUCUUUGGACAUAAAUUUGAAUCUAGGCAAAGAUAUGUCGAAUUUUUCCCAGCUUAUUGCAAUGCUGGUGAAAAUGGCUGGCAAAGAAAUGAUGGCCGAUAUUGAAAAAGACGGCGUAUCGAUAUUUUGGGAAAACGUUAGGGAAAGUUUGGCCAAUAAUUCAAGACCGUUUCCAGCAUUAAUGGCUGCCAUGCUGUUUAAAAAUGCAGUUCAGAGAUUCGAAUUAGAAAACUUGGAAGAUAAUAUUGAGGUGCUGACACAAGAAAAUAUACAGUGGUCUUUGCUAAUAGGUAAACUAGAAGACGUUUCAACUCUGAACAUAAUUCUUUCAAGCAAACCGCUUUUUACGAACUCAUCAAUGCCUAAAUUAGAUCAUGAGAAAGUAAAUGUGAGCUUAAAACACAUUUUGCAGCACGGUAGAGGUUCUGUGAGCGAAUUGACUGCCCAGUGGCUGACAACCUGCGGUAUGGAUCCACAAUAUAUCAUCAUCAAUGAGAUAAUCUACCAAAACAGUCAAAAAGAUAUAUUGCAAACUGAACCAGGAAGCGUAGAAAUAGACCUAGAAAAACUCGACCAGGAAUUAAAUGAAUAUCAAAUUACUGAGGGAAUGCAUUUAAAUAAAAUUGAAGAAGUCAAGUCCAAGCCAGUAUUCAAAUAUUUAAAUUUGUUGAAGCAGCAAUUCCCUUACAGUUUAGAUGCUGAUAAUUUAUUGGCAAACAUGUGCUGGGAAUAUGCCCUCUCUUGGAGAAAAGAUAUUGCCAAUUUAGAAUAUCUUGAGGCAGCCUUAACAUGUUUGAAUGCUGUAUCGGGUCUAUGCGUAAGGAAAGGCAUAUUUCAGUUGAUUUGGAAUACCCAUUUGAAGAUUGUUGUGGAAAGUAGUUGUAAGUUAAUAAAUAAAGUUGGAAAAUUGCCAAAAGAGAGGUUGUGUCAGCAGGAUGUUGGUCUAUCGGACAAGCAGAUAACAGAAUUUAUUGGUAUUUGCACAAAAUUUAUGAAUUCAUUCCUUGAAUUGUGUCAAAACGGUUGUGAUAUUACAAAACCAGAACUUAAGUUUGAGGCUAUUUGGGAAAACGGAGGGCCUCAGCCUUUGAUAGAAUUGGCUGUCCAACAAAAAGAAGUAGACGACAAUUUGUUACAUUUACAUUAUCAACUUUGUCUAGUGAUGCACAUGCUUACCAAAUUUACAGUAAAACAUUCGAAACCAGUCAAUAAUUUAUUUGAGGCUUCUUUAGUGAAUCUAUUUUUCUCUGAUCUACAAAGGCGAGUGGACAUUAACUGGAAUAAAUCUGAAAUUAAAAUCAACUUGUCAAGGGAGCAAUUUUUACGAAAAAUCAUUACGUCUAGUUUGGAAACUGUAACUUUGGACGAGACAGGCGAAAUUCACUGUCAAAUUCAUGUCGAAUGGAUGGACAAAAGCUUGAUGCUGGCUAGAAUAUGGAAUUUGGAUGUUGACAAUCUUAGACGGUUCCAAAUUAUUCAACUGUAUGUUAGCGGAUACGACUUGGUGGCUCAAGACUUAAUUCCGGCUGUAACAGAUACAAGUGCCCUAGGCGAAGAGCUACUCAAAGUAGCUGGAAAUAGAUUGUCUCAAUAUCUAUCGUCCUCUCCCAAUUUGAGCGAGAACAUUGCAGCUCUAAGUCCGCUCUUGUCUAGGUACAUUCAAACUUUGAACGGUACUUGGUGCUCUCCAAGCAAUCUGCCCAAUAUAAAGACGCUUGGUAAUCAAGCGUUACAUUGUAUAGGAGAAGAUCAAAAAGAAUUUUAUAAGUUGACGCAACUUCUUUUGGAUGCCUGCAACACUUUGGAAGAAAUCAAUUAUUGUGAAUAACUACCAUUUAUAUUUCUUGAUAAGUUUAUAUUUUUUUGUACGAUAAAAGAACAAGAUAAAAGAUGAUAUAAUCAAAAAACCGAUUGGUAAAUACCAAAAGUUUAAUCGUUUUUAAGCGUGUUGGUCUGUGAUAUGGGCCGUAUUGCAUAUGUACAAGCAAGUUUGUUACUAGUUUUUAGAUAAUCUAUAUUUAAUAUUCAAACUUUGUAAUUAUUAAAUGGUGAUAAUAAAACAAUAAUACAGGUUGGUAUCAUGGUCAAAAAAGCCAAAUUUUCCAACAUGAAUUCAUCUUGUAUGUAAACUUGUUCGAAGACAUUUUGAAAUUAGUAUCUACCUUAUGUAGUUCUAUUUCGAUUUUACCAGACCUAGUAAUAUUAAAUUUGAAUCUAAUUUGUUAUAAACUAAAUAAGGAUGUUGUUAAAAGAUUUUUAUAUGAUAACUAUUUCAAUUUUAUUGUUUUCCUUGUAAUAAAUGCAUUUUAGUAA